CACAGACUGAGUUUCCGGUACAUGUUGCGUAGUGACAGAGAAAAUCGGCUGAAAGCAGAAAAUAUUCAGGACCAUGGCUUUGCCGACCCUCUCCACCUAUAUACCCUACCGCAAACAGACGUUGGGUGCCAAGCUUGCCUGGAGGAGGGAGCAAAAAUUCCGCCAACAGGAGCAGCUGGACCUCUACGUAAAGUACUAUAGGGAUCAGGGUGUCCGCAAUCAGUUGCACUCCCAUUGGACCUCACGUCACUCAUUCGCGCAGAGUAUGUCGGCAUAUUGUAGGGAAAGGCUGGAGGAGGACAAAAUAAACAAUCUGGAGGAGCGCAGGUUACGACUUAGGCUCAUGCUGGAAGAGGAACACAAACAACAACAGGCUGAGCUGACGGAGCAGGAAAACAUGGAAAAAGUGCAAUCCGUAUCAAAAAUGGAGAGGAGAAAAAAGCUGGCACAAAAGCUGCUAAAGGAGCACUGGAAGAGCAACAGUCCGGAAUCGCAGCAGGUUGAGGUUGCCUUACCUGAAGAUGAGCAUAUUUCUGAGCAGAACCUGCAAGAAGUGGUGGCUCAAGAGGAUAUGCUAGACGGAUACGAAAGGACCCAAGGAGGACAAUCUCUGGAGAGAAUAGAACAGGAAGAGGAAAACAGGAAAGCCCAGGAGAGUCAGCGAGCAGAAGACAUUCGCAAAAACAUGGAAAAACUGAGACUGAAGGAAGAGGAGGCAACUUGUCUAAGGAAGGAGGAAGAGUCUUUGCUGGUCCAGCAGUGGGACCUGGAUAAGAUUGAGGCAGAGAGGAGAAAAAUAGAGGAAAGGCGAAAGAAAGUAGAAAAGCGGCAUUUUCUCAUCCGACAGUAUCGGUCUCAACUUAGGAGGAGAUCCCAGCAAGUGCAGGAAGAACUGGAGGCUGACCAUAAGCUACUUGCAGCUUUGCUGAAAGGAGAGCAGCAUGAGGAGUUGGAGGCGGCAAGGAGAGAGCGGGUCUUUGCUGAUGCUGCCUGGAUGAAGCGUGUCAUCGAAGAGCAGCUUCAGUUGGAGAGGGAGCGGGAGGCCGAGUUUGAUCUCCUGUACAGAGAGGAAGCUCAACUUGUUUGGGAGAAACGAGAAGCCACAUGGGAGAGGGAGAGAAAAGCCAGAGAAUUGCUCAUGCAUGAGGUGCUAGCAGAGAGACGGAAGCAGCUAGGGCUGAAGAUGCAAAACAACCGUAAGGCUCAAAUAGAGUCAUUGAAGAGAAGAGAUGAGCUGAUCCGGGAGCUUGAGAAGCAAAAGGAGUCGAGACGCCAGGAGAUGGAACAACAGGAAAGCCGCACAACAGCAUGGACAAAAGAGGUGGAGCAGCAGCUUCAAGAGAAGUGCAGGGUAGAGGAAGAAGAGAAAGAAAACAGUGACGGCCAUCUUGUCCAGGAGGAGGGUCUGUGGCAAGAGAAGCAGUGGAUGCCCAAUAGAGGAUGCCAGCAAAAGAUUCAUAGGCGACCUCGAGUAGCAUGGACAUGAGUAACUGACCUGAAAACCCUGUCUGUAUCCCUUUAUUGCCUCAUGGUAUGAAGAAGCCUGUGUGUGCUUAAAUGAGCCCAGAAGUGUUAAGUUUCUUUUAAUAUUCAAUUUGUCCAACUGUUUUUAAUAAAUAAAUUUUUUAUGCCAA